GUCAGGGUCCUGAAAUCUAUCGUGCUCAGUGACCAGCAUAUAAUACACUACGCUCAAGAAUCCUUCUUCAUUCUCUCCUACUUCUUCACCGAAUCUGGAGUUCUAAAAGGCCCGUCUGCCGCUUUUGUACCAACAUCCAUCUAGAGAGGCUCAGAAUUGGAUUUGAGUUCUCAAGAUCACACUGUGCUUCUAAACUUUAUUUCAUAUCUUUGCUGCUCGUUCACUUCGCUUUCUGUCGUUCACCGCUGGACUCCUCUUUUUCCCUACGUACAAAAUGAACAACAAUAUGGAAAAUACUACUUCACCUACGGAUAAUACCUCCUCCCCUUCUGACGAGCGAAAGCAGAGCCCUCCUGCUUUCCUGGAUCUAGCCGACUCCGCUGCGAGGCUGGGGAGUAAUAUGUCGGAUAUCUCUGCACGCGUCGAGCUCAAACGCCUUGAACACGAACGGCAACGCCUCCUUCAGCGUAAAAUGUUUGAAGACCAGAUGCGUGCUCUUGAGCAACAACAGGCUCAAGAACUCCUCAGCAUACCUUUCGACCCCUCUUCACCCGGUAGUGCUACCGGUGUUCAACACCUGGCAGUGUCGGCUCCUACCACUCCUCCCCGUUUGAACAUUCCCCUUCAAGGACCUCACUUGGCUGCCAAACAUGGCCACAACCAGUUUGUUGACGUUGACACUCUUUCCAAAGCCGUAGGUUCUGUAGACAAACGCAAGUCUGUUGCCUACGCUCCUUCCGUCAAUCUUUCUCCGGACUUGGCUUCCGGUCAUCCCAUCAACAAUUCGGCGUUCUCUCGUUCGGCUGCCAAAAGUAUGCCUGCAAGCCGUCGUACAUCCGCCAGUAGUAAUGAUGAGGAACUCGCUGGUCAUCUGCAAGGUUUGGCACUCGGAGAAGGCCAUCGGUCCCGGGGCGCCUCUCCAGCACCGAUUUCUGUCACGGCUUCAAUAUUGAAUAAACGUCAUCCCGAUGAUGAAGGAGCUCGUUACGCUAGCACUUACAAUGCUGGCAUGAUGUUGGAUGAGCAGCUGGAUCAGGAGAUGCAUAAUGCCAUGCGGCAUCUCCCGACCUCUGACGAAGAUAAGUAUUCAAACUCGUACGGGAAUAAGGUUUCCACCUCUUCGGCUGCCCUAGACCUGGCCCACCUCAGUCAGAAAUCUCCUCGUGGUUCCUUUGCUGGUAGUCCUCUCGAAGCGCGCGACAAGUCUUCUGAGUGGCAAUUCAAUCGCGGACCUGAUAACUUGGCUCCCAGGUCAGAGAGACGGAGCGUGACGAACCCGAGUUUGAAUCUGUCUAAUGACCUUCACGGCAAUAAACUGGGUGGCACCGUUUCGGCAUCCUCUACCCCUCUUGUUGCUCAACAUCCUCAGGGCCACCCGCAUAUUCCAACCCCAUCAUCUAGACGCGGUUCUCCACCGAAUCUUCUUGAGGGACUCAAUGCUACCACGCGGUCCGUUCCUGCGACUCCUCUCGGCAUUUCAGCCAAUCCAUCGCAUCUUCUGAGAACACCCGGCACUCCGCUCACGGAAACGCAAAUUCUCAAUGGUCGUUUGUCGGCCACCCACGGUCUGGGUGAUAGCCCAGUGAAUCCUACGGAUUUACAAGCUUCUCUCUCUCGCGUAGUUGCUAAUCGAUAUGAGAAUGGUUCUCUCGGUUACACCGGUGGAUUAGAUGAUGCACAAUACAACCUCGAUGCUGGCUACGGACUUAGUAGCCCGCACGAGAAUGGUCGCUUCAAUUCGUAUGGCUUCGAGAGCAAUGGUCGGGGCAAUCCAGCGUCUGGUACCACUAGCGGUUCAACAGCUCUUUACCAUCAUAACGGUUCCCGUUAUGGACUUGGUCUGCCCGGGCGUUCACCCUCCGGCGUUGACAGCAAGAUGAAUGGCUUGCACGGACCAAAGCAUAAACGAGGUGAUAUGGAUCUCAAUCGCUUCGCUGGGACACGUCUAGAGGACCUCCAGGGUGAAAUUCCUGCAUUGUGUAAGGACCAACAUGGAUGCCGCUACCUUCAAAAGAAAUUAGAAGAAGGUGCACCCGAGCACCGAGAUAUGAUUUUCCGUGAAACAUUUGGUCAUUUUGCGGACCUCAUGACCGAUCCUUUCGGCAACUACUUGUGCCAAAAACUCCUGGAGUAUUCAACGGAUGAUCAACGGAACGUUAUCUGCGAGUCUGUAGCGCAAGAUCUGGUCAACAUUUCACUCAACAUGCAUGGAACUCGUGCUGUGCAGAAAAUGAUCGACUUCUUGUCCACUCGAAGACAGGCUGAUGUUAGAUACAAUGCUCAGAUUCAUUCUAUCAUUGUCGCUCUAAGCCUACAUGUGGUGGUGCUCAUCAAGGACCUCAACGGGAACCAUGUCAUCCAAAAAUGUUUAAACAAGUUGACGCCCGAAGAUAACCAGUUCAUUUAUAACGCCGUUGCCGCAAACUGCGUCGAGGUUGCGACCCACCGUCAUGGAUGCUGUGUCCUCCAACGCUGCAUUGAUCAUGCUUCUGACCAUCAGAGAAUUCAGCUGGUCAACGAGAUCACGUUCAAUGCACUCACGUUGGUUCAAGACCCAUAUGGUAACUACGUCGUCCAAUAUAUUCUCGAUCUUAACGAUAAUCGGUUCAGCGACGCCGUGAUCCGUCAAUUCACCGGCAACGUCUGUGCUCUCUCGGUUCAAAAAUUUAGUUCAAACGUCAUCGAAAAGUGCAUCCGUGUUGCUGAGCAUAACACUCGCAAGAUACUGAUUGAGGAGCUACUCAACCGCACCCGCCUCGAGAAACUUCUCCGCGACUCGUACGGGAACUACUGUGUUCAGACUGCCUUGGAUUACGCUGAACCCUCUCAACGUGCCAUGCUCGUCGAAGGGAUCCGCCCUGUCCUUCCUCUGAUUCGCAACACGCCUUAUGGCAAGCGAAUCCAGAAUAAGCUUCAACGAGAGCAUCUUGACCAGUUUGGUGGAUACAACAACCAACAACAGGCGUUGGUCAAUAUGUCUUUGGGCAACCAAGGUCUGAGCUCCGGACGUCAUUUGCAAGGAAACUCGGUUGCAGACGUGUAUAGUGGUCAGAGUAGCUUGUACUCUCUUCAAAAUGCCGGCACCUAUGGAACCCCUUUGUCGCAACUCCACAGCUUACAACCCCAGUCCAUUGAUAACUACGUCCUUCAAGGAAGCUCUAGCCACAGUCAGAACGGAUUUACUGGAAAUGCACCUUUCGGGGGUGUCAACCACUUUAGUGGUGCUGCUCUUCACAACGCCCUUGGGGAUCCUUACCAGAGGUCGGCCUUUGGCUACGGCAUGUGAUUGAGCUGGUUCACGAAAGCAGUUGAUCCUUCCUCUCUCUCUCUUUCUCUCUCUCUUUAAACCCGAUACCAAGCAUAAAUGCAAUAACCUCGAUCUACAUUACUCGAAGCCUUUCCAAUUCUUCUUUUUUUGACUUGCUGUUCCCACUGUCUUCCCACUGCCUGAACCCUUUACCCCCCCUUUUGCUUCCUUUUCAAAUCCAUCUUGGGCGACUUCUUGUCAAACACACCUAUAUCAUCUAUCAUACCAACCCGCAACUGUAUUUUGCCCCGCACCUGCAUAUUUUCAUUCUGUUUCGUAUUCUUGCGCUUUCCUUGUUUGAACAUUCUCUUAUAUUUUGGCCACUACCACCUCAUGUGUACAGGUUCCCCCUCACUCAUACUAUCGGUUGUCUGUCUAAUAGUUCCAUUUGCAGUACUAUUGCCUGUCAUUUGUAGUUAUUGCUCCCCCUCCAGCUGUAUAAAGUCGUUACUUAUAUUUAGAAACCUUGUCAAUCGGAUGCUUUCUUAUGUUUAGACUUUUCAUCUUUAUCGCGCUACACCUACAGGACCGCAGAUACUUACAAUCCUCAGCAAUAGUAUUAGUGAGGCUAUCUUUCCGC